AUGACCAUGCCAAUGACCGGCAAGCCGGAUCACCCAAACAUCCGGCGUAGUGGUCACGAGUUCCGGUCCCCUAUCCUCGCUCUCCCUGGCGAGCUCAGAGUAACGGUAUACCGGGCACUCUGGACCUUACCUGUUAGCCACCGCCUCAUUGCUGGUCUCAAAUCCCUCGCCAAAAUCUGCCACAAGAUCCGGGACGAAGUACUCCACGAGUAUAUUACCCACAUACUCCCGGUUACACAGAUCCACCUAGGCAGCAAGCGCAGCGUCCACAAAGUUCUUCGGGGGUCCCCCUUCCUGUUUCAACACAUCCAACACGUAAGCCUCCUCUGGGGCGGUUGCAUGUGCGUCGAUGAUUCUUACAGGGGCAUAGCUCAGCGUGGUGACCACUCUAGGGGCUUUCGCUGGCUACGCAAGCUACCGCAGCUGAAGAGCUUGGAGCUGGUAUUUACCGACCCUAGCUACAAAGAGAUGCAGCGGUUCUCCAGGGGUAGAUUAGCGCUGCCGGCCCCGACUGUGGCUGAGGAAGAGGUGGAUUAUCAGGAAUUUGUGCAUGUUCUGCUACGAAUGUCGCAACCACCUCAUACAGAGAUCUGGGACGUCACCGAAUGGCAUCGCAAGAGGAGGACCCUGGAGGAGAGAUACCGGGAGCCUAGAGGUAUGUAUAUUGAUGACAUUGAGGGGGUGAAAGAAGGAGGUGAUGUGGGUGAGAACCAGGUAUGUUUUGCUGCUCCCUGUUAUGCCCUACCCCAAUUCAUUGGUAGUUUCCGUUCAUUUUCUUUCCGCUCUCAAAGUUGGAUGGGAAUUAACGAGUCUUAG